UAUUUUUUUUCUUUUGAUUUUUGAUUAGCACCACAUCAUGUUGAAAUUCAAGAAGCACGAAGAAAAGGAAGAAAAGGAGGUAGCACAGGAAGAACGUAAAGAAAGACGUAAAGAUGAGUCACCACCAGCUCGUCGUACCCAUCGUUCACCUCGUCGUCGCAGCAGAGAUCGCUCACCUCCACGUCGUAGCAGAGACGAUCGCUCACCUCCUCGUCGUCGUAGCAGAGAUCGCUCACCUCUCCGUCGUAGCAGAGAUGAUCGCUCUCCUCGUAGAUACGACCGUCGUGAUCGUUCUAAAUCUCCCGCCAAAAGAAGAUCCCGCAGUCCACCCAAAGAAAAAACUAGACUUAGUGAAAAGCCAGGUGUGAAGAAAGUGAUAAGAACACAACCUAGUUAUACUCUAAUCGAGUUGGAGGUAAAUGAUCGAUUGGGUAAGAAGGUGCGUGUAAAGUGUGCACCCAACGAUCUCGUAGGUGAUUUUAAGAAAUUGGUUGCUGCCCAGAUUGGAACAGAGCCUGGAAAAAUCGUAUUGAAAAAGUGGUACAAAGAGUUUAAAGAUCACAUUACACUUGCUGAUUAUGAACUGCAUGAUGGUAUGAAUCUUGAAUUAUAUUAUAGAUAACUCUUGGAUCGCUCAGAGGUAGCUCCAGGGUCGUACGGGUUUUCCUGCUUGUCAAAUAAAUCAAAAAAAAAAAAAAAAAAAAAAAAAAAACCCUGGCCCUUUUUUAUAACACACAACAUUUAUUAUCCCGCCCUUUUUCCCUUUUUCUUUCCCUUGCACCA